AUGCUCCCUGGCUAUGGAUUCUCUCCUCUCCCUGACUUCCAGCCCCAUCUCCACACCUUCCAUUGCCGAGGGGAGCUCUCUGCCAUGUGGAUCCCUGGUUCCCCUGAGUCCCAGGCUUUAAAUGACCCCCAGGAGAACAGGCCUAUUCUGCGACAACACAUUGCUGUUUGUCAGCAAGAGACACUCGCUUUCAUCGACCUCCCGCAGCCCAGAACAAAUGGCUUUGGCUCGUCAUCUUCGCUGCGGAGGCAAAGUUCCUCACUGUGCUCCUUUGGUUCUCAUCAUAUUGGACUGUCUUCGGACUGCUGUCGAAACCGGGAGACAGAUACGAACAGGGACUUAUACUUAAAUCUGAGCCAAGAUGAACACAAGGAAGAAAUUCAGAAUACCUUCAAAGCAACAUGUCUGGAUUCACCUAAGACAAGCUUUGAGAACUCAAGGGCUAAUCGACAAGAUUUGUUUCUUCCCCUGUCCUCGGCAUUUGUGUCCAGGGACACUUUGGACUCUCAGCAGCCCAGCCCUACCUGCCCAACAGUAAGCUCAGAGCUUCAGAGCCAAGAUCAUCGUUCUCUACAGAGACGAACAGCACAUGGGUCUUCAAAGGAGAAGUCCUUAAGGCGUAAGAUGAGGGUGUACUCAGCUGACAGUGCAAGUGAUGAAUCCCUAAGCAGUUCAGGACUUGACUCUGACUACCUGUUCCCUGGAUCCUUCGAAUCCUUUAUAGAGGAAGAGUUAGGGUUAGUGGGCACCACUGUACCCACAUCCCAGAGCUCUAGCUCUCUUUUAGGUUUAGAUGAGGACCUUGCACUUCCUCAUAUUGCUACCCCAUCACCGCUGUCCUCGGAUCCUCCUCAGGAUGAUACAGUGUUUGCAGAAAGCCCGUCUGAGGGAGGGUGUCGAGAGGUGGAACUGGGAGACAGUGGGACCCUGCAAGGCUCAGCCUUUUUAGGUGGAAGCUCUAUCACCCAUCCUCUUCCACCACCCAGAUCCCGUUCAACAGACCACGAACGACGGAGAUUCUCAGCCUCCGAGCUAAUUUCUCGUCUGCAGCUUUCACAGAGAAAGAACUCCUUCACGUUAAGGCUGGGCAAGUCGCUGUCCGCCCGUGUGGCCUCCAGGGAUCGUAACCAAUCCGGAAACUCUGGCUCUGACUACAAACCAAACACCAGACAGCACCUUUCUACAGGAUCAAGCAACAGUGCACCGCAAAGCCCAGUGGGACCUGCACCAUUACUGCCCUCUGCUGACAGUAUCCUGCCACAGCCAAGGAGAACUUCAAAGCUCAGUAUGAGAAAAGAUUCCAUUGAUGAAGAUGCAGAUGUUCUUCCCCGAACCUCCAAACGCCUGUCACGCUUCCUGCCAAGUUUGGUCUUGUAUCAGGAAUACAGUGAUGUGGCCAUUAACAGAGAGAUCCAGAGGCAACAGGGGGCAGAGCCUGGAAAUGAUGACGACAGAUGUGGGGACAGUGCGUCUCCAAGCAAUCUCUCCCCGUCCAGCUCCUUCCGCUCAUCACGGGGCUCUGCCUUCUCCCUCUGGCAGGACAUUCCAGAUGUGCGCAGCAGUGGACAACUGGACAACUUCAGCAACGAGGAGCGCAAACUGCAGGAGGCUAAGUUUGAGCUGGUGACAAGUGAAGCCUCCUACAUAAGAAGCUUGACCAUUGCCGUUGACCACUUCAUGAUGUCUUUAGAGCUGAAUGAGUGUUUGAAUGCUCAGGAGAGACAGUGGCUGUUUUCAAAGUUGCCUGAUGUAAAGGACGUCAGUGAGAAGUUUCUACAAGAUCUUGAGCUGCGGUUAGAGGGAGACAUCCUGCGCUUCGAUGUAUGUGACAUUGUAUUGGAUCACUGUCCAGCAUUGCGAAGGGUCUACCUUCCUUAUGUUACCAAUCAGGCCUACCAGGAGCAGACCUACCAGCGGCUUCUGCAGGAGAAUUCCCGCUUCCCUGGUAUACUGGCCCGCCUGGAAGAGGACCCUGUAUGUCAGCGGCUUCCUCUUACAUCGUUUCUCAUCCUGCCCUUUCAAAGGAUUACACGCCUCAAAAUGCUGGUGGAGAACAUCCUGAAGAGAACGACACCAGGUUCACGAGACGAAGACACAGCCACCAAAGCAUUCAAUGAGCUGAAAAAGAUUAUAAAAGAAUGUAACUCCAGUGUACAGUCCAUGAAGAGGAUGGAGGAACUUAUUCAUCUGAACAAGAGAAUACACUUUGAGGGCAAGAUCUUUCCUCUGAUUUCUCAGUCUCGUUGGUUAGUAAAACAUGGUGAGCUUCUGGAGGUGGACACACAGACCAUGAGCAUAUCUGGAUCAAAGUUAAAACUGCCCACACGCCCCGUGUACCUGCACCUGUUUAAUGACUGCCUUCUGCUGUCCCGGAGAAAGGACACGUGGAAGUUCAUGGUGUUUGUGCAUGCAAAGAUUGGUGAGCUGAAGGUGAAGGACCUGAGUCAGAAGCUUCAAGGCAUUUCAGGCUUCAUCUUUCAUUUGCAGCUGUGUGAAGGCCAGCAGCAUAAAUAUCAGAUCCUGCUUAAGUCACAAACAGAGAGCAGCAAGCAGCGAUGGAUCACAGCCAUGAUACCACCUGAUCCAAAAUCAACCAGUGAGCAAACCAGUGAGAAUGAGGAUCUGUCUCAAGUUCAGUGCAUCAAGAGCUAUCAGGCCCAAGAACAUGAUGAACUCACCCUUGAAAAAGCAGAUAUCCUUCAAGCAAAAACCAUAACGAGUGAUGGAUGGGUGGAGGGGAUCCGGUUGUCUGAUGGAGAAAGGGGCUGGUUCCCCAAAACGUACGUGGAGGAAAUUACAAGCCGCAGCGCUCGCUUGAGAAACCUUCGUGAGAACAUUCGCAUCAAAUGUGUCACCCAGAAACUAGAGGGUGAGCCUCAAUGAGGGCUUGUAAUUUACUUUUAAAAACACUUUUAUUUAAAAUCCAGUUGUAUCAGAUGGGAACGGUUUUAUAUGACGUCAUCAAAUUGUCAUUACUUGUUUUAACAGCAUUUUAAAGGUCAGAGCCUUUUAAAUAAAACCAGGAUUUCCAUUGUGGUAGGCACAUUUUAAGCAAUAAUGUUGUUGCACAUCUUCUUACACUUGCUCUUUUUGUUUGUUUUGCUUUUAGCAUUUGUAGAUAUGUAGCAUUUCUUGAGUUUUUGGGGCAUGGGGGGUUUAAUUUAUAUCUUUUUUUUUUUACUUCUGAUGCAUUCAUUCAGGCCAGACAUGUCUGAUGACCAAAUUCUACUUUUUUAGUCUUGCACUGGAGAUUUAAUUAUAAUAUUAA